AUGGGGAUAGAACUGAAGGAUAAUUAUAUUUAUACCCUACAAUUUGCAGACGAUCAGGCGAUUCUUGCUGGAGACCAAGAGGAUAUGGAGUAUAUGGUACGUAAACUUGUGGAGGAGUACAAUGAAUGGGGCUUAACUGUCAACCUGGAGAAGACGAAGUACUUGAGAAUAGGUGGUCCGCCUGGUUUUCUGGAUCUUGAAAACGGGCAUCGCAUAUCAUGCUGUCGGGACUAUGUCUAUUUGGGAGUACGAUUCGACGAGAGCGGAACAGACAUAGGAGAGAUUGAAAAGAGAAUAACUUCCGCAAAAAAAAAUGAUAGGAUGUCUCAACAGUGUGCUAUGGACUGGGGAAAUAACUAA